CGAAGAUUCAUCAACCUCACGCGACCCCGGAACUACUCAAUCCGGCAAUGCGUCUCAAGUUCCCGGCCAGCAUGCAGCACGGCCGUUGUGGAGGAGCAAAUCACGGAUCUCGCCCUGCAGCGUUCUCGAUCUCCACCUCUGCACCAUCCCCAAAUGAUGCGCUGAUCCCCGCACUCCACAGCGCGGCUCAGCGACCGACGUCAUCGCUCUCCACAGCCUGAAGGAUGCCCGUGGCUUACGGGUGCCACAAGACAAUUGCGCGCUAGUGGAAUUGGAUGUGAGGACGGACUUGGUUACAUUGUUGGGAAGAUGGUUGAAGGGCGAUGGUUCAUAAGGCCGGACAGCACUCCUUCUGCCCUUGCCGUUGCACUUACUUUGCUUUCAAGGCUUGGCUGGGGCUUGACUGUCUCUUGUAAUUUGUCUUGGUUCUUGUACAUGCGCUGAGACGCGUAUCGAUAUCAGUAUGGGCAAGAAGUUUUACGGUCUCACGGGUACCAAGCUCAACAUUGCUAUUGCCAUUGUCGCGGGUACUGAUUUCGCUCUCUUUGGUUAUGAUCAAGGUGUUAUGGGCGGUCUGCUCACAUUGGGCUCUUUCGUGAGAUACUUCCCUGAGAUCGACACUCUUAACCCACCUGGCGGCGAUGCAAGCCAUACAGCAACCAUCCAAGCAAUUACGGUGGGCGCCUACACUCUCGGAUGUUUCUUCGGUGCUGUUGCGACCAUCUGGCUUGGUAAUAUGCUUGGACGCAAGAAGACAAUUUUCAUCGGCAGCAUCAUCAUGAUCAUUGGUGCUGCGAUACAGACCGCAUCGUUCGGCCUCGCUCAGCUCAUUGUUGGGCGUUGGAUCACCGGUUUUGGCAAUGGCAUGAACACCAGCACGGUUCCCACAUGGCAGUCUGAGACCUCCAAACCCCACAGGCGAGGACAGAUGGUCAUGAUCGAGGGCUCACUCAUUGUCUUCGGUGUUAUGUUGAGUUACUGGCUUGACCUGGGAUUCUCGUUCCUCGAGCCGAGCUCCAUCGCCUGGCGCUUCCCCAUCGGUUUCCAGAUCAUUCUCGCAGUCUUCAUUCUUGCGUUGAUUCCUGGAUUACCCGAGUCUCCCCGUUGGCUUGUCUUGAAAGGACGAGAUGAUGAGGCGUGGGAGGUCUUGGCCGCCCUGAGCGAUCUCCCGAUGGAGGACAAGAAGAUCGUUGCAGAAUUACAGGCAGUGAAGGAUGUUGUGUUCGAGAUGUCACGAGGAGGAUUCAGAGAGUGCUUUAAGAACAACCGCAACAGGAACUUCCACCGUACGGCGCUUGCCUACGUCAACCAGAUGUUCCAGCAGAUCUCUGGAAUCAAUUUGGUCACCUACUACGCAGCGACUAUCUUCGAAGGAUCACUCGGUCUCUCGCCUUUCUUGAGUCGUCUGCUCGCUGCUUGUAACGGAACGGAGUACUGGAUCGCUUCCUGGAUCGCCAUCUUCACCAUCGAAAGAUUCGGACGCCGCGCAUUGAUGCUAUUCGGUGCUGUUGGUAUGAGUGCAACCAUGGCUAUCCUCGCGGGAGCCACCAGCAACGUCGACAAUAAGUCCUGCGCUCUGCUCGCAACCGUCAUGCUCUUUGUCUUCAACUCCUUCUUCGCCAUCGGAUGGCUGGGCAUGACCUGGCUCUAUCCCGCUGAAAUCACACCCCUCUCGAUCCGUGCCCCUGCCAACGCCAUUGCCACCACGGCUAACUGGGCUUUCAACUUCAUGGUCGUGAUGGUGACGCCUGUUGCUUUUGCCAAUAUUCAGUGGCGAACAUACAUCAUUUUCGCUGUUAUUAACGCCGCUAUGGUACCUAGCGUGUACCUUUUCUUUCCUGAGACCGCCGGCCGUUCGCUCGAGGAGAUGGAUGAGAUCUUCCACAAGACCACGAACCCGUUCAACUGCGUCCAGAUCGCAAAAGAUCUGCCGCACCGCUUUGAUAGGCGCGGUAACUUGCUCAUCGACUACAACGACACUGAGGAAGCGAGAGAUGCUGAGAGGAGGAGGAGUUCAGUCACUGGUACAUCACCGGGUGUACUGGGUAUGGAGAAGAAUAACAGGGUGCAUAAUGAGAAGGUUGGAAAUGGUAGUGGAAUCUAGGAGAGGUUCAUGCGCUUGAGACAACGAGCGUCGCAACUCAGGCGCAUACCGAUGUAACAGGCAUAACGUCAACCAGGCACAAUGUAAGCCAUGAUGUGCUUCCUGGCUGGUUUGCUUCUGCCUGGUGAACGUGCUUGUUAUUGGCUCUGGGGUGACUCACGUCAUGUUACUGUCUUCGGUAGCGCGACCCGAACUUGUACAAUGAAUAACGAU